AUGUCGUUAGGCCCAGCAGACUCAAGUCUUAAUCCAGAUGAUGCAGGCAAUUUCGAAGAGAUGGAGCAGCAGUUCGCUGUCAAAUGCGUUCAACACAUGUCUACGUACUGGUCAAUUCUGGAAAAGAUGCCAGGCUCAAAGCUUCGAUUGACUAAGAUUGACGAUGAAAUAUAUGAACAUUUGAAAAAAGACUUUCCGGAACUAGACACUGCUGCAACGCUAGACGAAGACGAGAUGAAGAGCAAGGAGGGCAAAGAGAGAUGGCGAAACUUCAUGAUGCAGUACGAACAGAAAGUGGAAGAUUACAAUUUCGGAACUAUGCUGAGGAAGAGUCCUAAGGCGGAGUAUGACGAGAAGGACACCAUCUUCGCCAUGCGGAUGCAAUUCUACGCGAUUGAGAUAGCGCGUAAUCGGCACGGUCUAAACGACUGGAUAUACGAAAAGACCAGAUCUACAGGGAACGGCGACAAGACAUGA